AUGGACGCGCCGCCCGGCCCUGACGCGGGCCAUGCCUCUGGUGACGCCCUAGUGCCUCUCUCGGCCACCCUUAGCCCUUCCCUUGAUACCCCGAUUGCUUCUCAGCAGCAGCCGGCCAAGGCCCCGGCCAAGGCCCGGGCCAACGGCACGCCCGCCAGCACGCCCGCCAGCACGGAGCAGAUGGCCGCCCAUCACCGCAUUCUGGCCCUUAACAAGGCCUGGAAGGAGAAGCGCGCGAGGCAGCUCAAGGAGCGCAGGGACGGCGAGCAUGGCGACUCUAGUUCCGACACCGACUCCGACUCGUCCUCCGACGUCGAGCUGCCUUGGGCCGCACCCGCCGUCAUGCCCAGGCUCCGGCCCUCGGCCACGCCUCAGGCUACCGCUUCGCCGGGUCAGCUGCACUCCUCGCUGCAAGCACCUUCUGCCUUGGGCUCUCGCAUCUCUAACUUGAGCGCAGCGCCGUCCCCCUCCCUCGUGCUCAUAAAGCGCCCGGCGAACGCACCCCCCUGCGUCUCCCAGACUCCCGUGCCGCUCCCCGAGUUCCCUCGACCUCCAGGCUCUGCCAAGCCUCCUCCAGCUCCCUUUUCCACUUCUGCAGUCGGGAACGCCGCCGCCAGUCCGACCGCAACCUCCAACCCCUCUUCGUCUUUCUCCUCUUCCUCCUCUCCUUCUGUUCCCACCGCCGCCACCCCUCAGCGCGCAGAGGCCGGGGAUGCCGCAAGGGCUCAAGCACUACACUUUACGGAAGCGUUAGUGCUGGAGCACCUUCAGCAGGCACAGGCGGAGAGCACAACGAGCAAGGCCCCCGCCACAUCAGUGAUGCGUUUUCCGACCCCGGGCGAGCUGCUCGCUAAAAUCCGGCAGAGCGCAGCCGAGUCAGGUGGCGACGCCCCGACCCCUACGCCUCCAGAUGGAUCGAGCAGCCGAGGGUCCCGCCGAUCAAGCAAUGACACUGAUGGCCAAGACGCCCAAGACGUUUCUCCCGCUAUUCUCGACGAUGGGGGCCUUUCCUCAGAAUCACCCAGGCCGUCUGGGCAAGACCACCAUGGCAUCUUGCUUGAGACCGCUGAUGGGCGACUCUAUACUCUGCUCAAAGGGACCGAUGGCCCUGACGAGCCUGGUCGUGGCGCCCUUUUCCCGACAAACUACAAGCUUCACCCCGACCCUCCUCAGUUCAUCUGCCCCGUCCGCGAUUGCCGGCGCCUCAUGAGGAACAUGGCAUCCCUGGGCGGCCACUUUGGGGCCAAGCACUGCUACAGCAAGUUCAACGACAACCUCGAUGGCACGCUUAGCCUAGUGGCCACGUACAAGAAUGCAAACUCAAUGUCGCCUGCCAUUAUCGUGUCACGGAAUCCGCUUCCGCCGGACGCGCCGCCCGCCGCAGAGCCCUGUCUGCCAAUCAUCACCGCCGCGCAGCAACGGCGUAGGCUCGAGCUCCAGCUGAGAUCGUCGGCCCCGGCGGCCAGCCCAAGUGCUGCGCCGAGUCCUGCACGAGUACCAAGCCCCUUGGUCACUUCGGACAUUCCGGCCCCGGCCCCUGAAGAUGGGUUGCCUAGUGAUGUCUGCCGCUAUCUCCACAAGUUUCUACCCAAAAAACAUGCGAUACCCACUCGGCAAGAUGUGCGCUAUAUGAUCCAUCUCCCGCGGCGCCGCAGCCUACCGCAAUCCUGGCUCAAGCGCCACCGCGGUGAGAGACUCGAUGUGCCUAUAUACGCUGCUGCACUGGCUUACCUGGUUGGCGACGAGGUGACGGGCCCGGAAGCCUGCACGCUGAUCUACCAAGCAGGUCGCCUGUCUCUUCCUUGCGUUGCCCUGCCGAGUAGCAUGCCGGAGCCGUCCAAGUGCGCCUUCUUUAAGCUCCCUACCUGUAUUGGCUGCUUCUAUCGCAGUUAUAUGCAGCGGCAGAGAAACAUUUGCAAAUGGGCGGUUGGAGCUUCAGUUGGAGCUUCAGUUGAGGCGGGCCUAAAUGGAGCCGCUCCCGAGAAGACGGGGCCUGGCCUUGCCGAGGAUUCCGAGAAUGAGGUUGAAAGAGAGGAGACUGAGGAGCCGACGAUUGACUCUCGGGCGCGAACACUGGCGAGCACGCGACAGCUGCGCCUCAAGCGGCCAGCUGCGGACGCCAGCGUCAGCCCAGCCCCCAAAGCCAUCAAGCUGUCGGUUGCCGCGGCCGAGCGACCCGAGGCGAUGCUGGAGAUGGAGCCGUGGGAAAUGGCGCCGGGUCGGCUGACGGAGGAGAAUGGGACUGAAAACGUUGCCUUCUCUGGUGCCUUUUUGACCAGCGCGCAGCCCAUCCCGAUACUGCCGGACAUUGGCAUUCAUGUCAUUGUCGCCAAGCCCGGCAGCAGUAAGCGCUGGGGCGCGGAAGCCAACAAGGUCCGGGCGUGCACAGUGGCAGCCGGCAAGGUCCGAGUCAAGAUUGGGGAGACGUCGUUCCUCGUCGGGCUCAACGGCGCCUUUCACAUCAAGCCGGGACAGUCGUGCCUGGUGGAGAACAGCUUCUACCUUGACGCGACGAUUCACUGUUUUAGCGUCAAGGACUACGAACUUGUUUCGGAGGAGCACUGA